AGCAACAUUGCUUUCCCUAUACUUCAAAUGGUUAUUAUGAAGCUGUAAUUAACUACUCUGCGGGAAGGAAGAGAUCGACAGCCAUUGAAGGAAUGUAAGAGAUCUGUAGGGGAGACUGAAAGACACCCAUUAUCUCUCUUUCAUAUUUCCUGCUUAGGGUUUCAUAGUCCAUUUUAUUUGAUGGAAGGAAUCGUAGAAUCUAAAGCUAGAUCCACCAACUACGGCGGUAUUCUAGGCACCCAAUCUGUUCAAUUUGGCGAAGAAGAAAUUCAUCGGGUAAUGGGUACACAGGCGCCCGAGACUGGUAGUUCCUUCACCGCACUUCUCGAACUUCCGUCUAAUCAAGCAGUAGAGCUCUUGCACUCGUCGGGAUUUGAUGCUUCUCGGGCUGCUCAUUCCAGCGAAAAUUGGAACACUCAGUCUUUCCCAUCAAACACCGCUCUGCUUGAACGGGCGGCAAAGUUCUCCGAAACUUCCAUUGAGACUAGCUCAGUUCCGUCAAGUUCAAGCGCUAAUUCGCAGAAGGUGAAGUCAGAACCAUUUGAUUCAGAGACAAAGCCAAAUAUAUCCUCAGAUCAACCCGAACAUGUGAUUACUAGCACUCAAAAAAGAUCAGCGAAGCGAAAGGAGAUAGAGAAGAAGGGUAAAGGAACUGGCAAGAAAAUAAAGAAGGUGAUUAACAAGAAUCCCGAGGACAAAGAAAUGCUUCCGUACGUUCAUGUUCGAGCUCGUCGGGGUCAAGCUACAGACAGCCAUAGCUUAGCUGAGAGAGCUCGGAGAGAGAAAAUUAAUGCCCGGAUGAAGCUACUUCAAGAACUGGUCCCCGGAUGUGACAAGAUUUCAGGUACAGCAAUGGUGCUCGAUGAGAUUAUUAAUCAUGUGCAGUCUCUACAACGUCAAGUGGAGUUUUUGUCUAUGAGGCUUUCUUCUGUUAAUCCAAGGAUUGAUUUCAACAUUGACAGUCUAUUGGCCGUAGAAAGUAGAUCCCCUGCAGAGACUAACUUCCCAGGAAUGGUCAUACCACCAAUGUGGUCGGAAGGGCAAGGGCAGUUGAAUAGCACCAGAAAUCAAUAUCAACAGUUGUGGCCUCUUGAUGGAUUUCAUCAUCCAGUUUGGGGAAGACAGAAUAAUCCUAAUUUUAUUAUUACGCCAGACAACUCAUUAAUGAGUUAUGAUUCAUCAGCCAACUCAGCACCAUUGCAUUCAAGUCAGACAAAAAUGGAGAUUUGAAGAGAGCUCACACAAGUAGUAGGUAUUUUAUGUACAUAUAUCAGUACAAAUUGAACAAACCGUUAUUCAGCUGGGAAAAUCCAGAUUUUAAGAUAAAAUUGAUUUUGGCCUAUUUUAUUAGUAUCAAUACUAGCUUAGAGCAACAAUUAGAGAGUGUCAUGAUAUUUCAUUUAUGAAAAUACUACAUUAUUAUUAUUAUGCAUCUAUUUAAGGGAGUUCACUCUCUAAUUGGAGAUGUAGAAGAACAUAUACAUUUUCAGAAACUUGAUUUGACUUAUUUUUA